CGGCUGUCUGGAUGUAAGGAGGAAUGGCGACGGUCGAGGCGGUUUUUGGAGGCCAGAGUCGAGCUGGAUUUGACCAAAGAGAAGCGGAUCGCAGGUCUGAAUCUCCUCACUUCCUGCUAAACUCUGAGAGACAGAGUCUCAGAAUGGAGACUGAGGUAACAGUGUCCUCCUCAUCGAGCCUGGUCUCGUCCUCCGCCCCCCAGACCUCGACCACUCAGGCCAACCUGGUGGCCAAACAGCGAGACAGCAGAAAGGCCGCGUCCACGACUCCCGCCUUUCUCUCCAACCUGGGGAGGGCCACCCUGCGGGGCAUUCGCAAGUGUCCUCAGUGCGGCGUCUACAACGGCACCCGCGGGCUCAGCUGCAAGAACAAGGCCUGUGGGGUGUCCCUGAGAAAUGCCUCGGCAGGAGGCAAAAGCAGCAAGAAAUGCGCAGUGGAGGUGGUGAAAGUGAUAAUAGACAGUGAGGAGAGAGGAGGGAAAGAGCGCGAGGGAGGAGGGGUCCUGGGUGGCGGAUCAGGUGGAGGAGUCCAGGUGUUUUCAGUGUGUCACAGAGGAAGAGGAGCCACAGCUACACAGCUUGGCUUCGUUGAACUCGUGCCCACUGACACUGCUAUAGCCACCGGCGACGGCGCCACCCUGCUAACCCGGAUCAACCUGGGCCGCUGCUUUUUGCCCUCUUGCCGACAGGGUCAAAGGUCAAAUCAGGGCGAGGCGGAAUCAGCGACGGCCGGUUCCAAGCAGUCCUCCGACAGCCUCUGCAUCCACAUCAAACAAGCCAUCGAGUGUCAGAGCCGUGCAACGCCGCUGACCUUAAAGAGCUCCGUCCUGGAGGGUUUGCAGGCCUCCAUCCAGGCCAGGGAGGAGCUGUGGCGGCUGGCCACGGAGUCUCCGGGGCCCCUGGUUCAGCGCGUUUCAAAAGACACCCUGGUGGUGAAGUGCCACACAGACUCCCAUCAUCCUCUGGGCCUGCUGCAUCUCACUGUCGGUGCAGGUGGACUGUCCGAGGUCUCAAAGAGCGAGAGAAGGGGCAGAGAGACGCAGCAGCACAGCGUUUUCCACUGUGCCUGUCAGGUGAGCGGCAGAAGAAACAAACCUGGCACUGAUGGAGCAGGUGGAGCCACCAGCUCGGCCGCACCGCAGCCCUGCCUUCACUUCUACGCCUGCGUGUGUGCCUUUGCAAGCGACGAGAAACUGGCUUCAGAGUUUGCUGCUUUCAUCAACUACACCCCCAGUGGGGUGCAGCAGCAAAAUGCUUCCAGUAGAAUAACUGGUCCCAGUGAGAAGCCUCUGCAGGCCGAACCAGUCAACUCCCAUCACAAAGCAAAGAAACUUCGCCUGGAUGAAUCUCUCUCUGGUGGUUUCAUCCUAACACCUCCUGAAAGAUUUAUCACAAAGCAUUUGUCUCUCAUUAAUGCAGGACGCGUUUGUCUGAGUCGUCCACUGUCCUUCCUUCUCAUUCUGUCUUAUCUUUCCCAACCUGUCGUUCUUUUAAUUUCCUGCCCCUCAGUGGCCUCUGCCUCUGGGGUGGGGACAGAGGGAGUGUCAGCCUCCGGCCUGAGGAAAGCUGGUCAGAGGAAAGCCCCUGGUGCUGGUGGGCUGAAGGCUCCAGGGAGCAACCAGGCUGUGGACGAGCGCACGGUGACGCUGGGUUUCCAUCAGUGGCUGGCCAGUGUCACAGAGAGGAUCCACCAGACCAUGCACUACCAGUUUGAUGGGAAACCUCAGCCUCUGGUGUACCACGUUCCCCAGGAGUUCUUCAACGCUCUGCAGCAUCGCCUGUCGCUCGGAUCGAAGAAGAGGAGACUGCCCAACUUCACAACAGCGUUUGUGAGAAAUGACGGACUUCCUCUCGGCUCUUUCUCCAAAUACACCUGGCACAUCACCAACCCGAUGCAGGUCAAACGCAUCUUCGACACUGCAGAGUUGCCUCUGGAGCUCUCUCAGAGUUUUGUAAAAAACGCUGACGGCUCUUAUUCACGCUUUCACUGUCCCGAGCCUCCGCCUGAGCCCGAGAUACCAGAGGGAUACAGGACAGAUCGGCCGCAGGCCAUACGACCCAUGGAGCUCCGCACCUUCCUCAAAGUCGGACCGGGCACGGCGGACCAGAAGGAGGCCAGUCCGUUCGUGAUCGAGUGGAUCCCGGACGUUCUCCCUCGCUGUCAGAUGGGGGAGCUCAGGAUCAGCUUCGAAUUUGGCCACCAGCAGAGCGGGCAGCCGGAGUACUGUGACACCAUGGGUGCGGCGGAGAGAGGAGGAGGUCGUAACAAGUCGGACUCCACCCAAUCCAAACACACCAAGGCUGUCGAAAUCCUUCAGGUGGUUGUCUAAUGUCCCCUCCGUCCUCCCCUGUGUCCCCAGUCCCAUUCUUAUUAACAUCUGCAGUGACUGAUUUUAACUGCAGCCCUUUCUCACUCACAUGUUUCUGAUAUAGACAUGUACAGUAUGUGACUCAGCCAUAAAUCUGUGUUACAUUAUGCAGGGUCUGGAUAAUCAAUGGCCACGUUCCACGUAUUGAUCAACAGUAUUUUCAAACAUGUUUCUCCUCGUUGGCUGUGAUUUUCCCUAAUAUUAAAUAUGCACACUCACUGUAAAAUAAAUAAAUAAAUAAAGGAAGUAUAUUUUUGAAAGAAAUAUAUAUUUUUAUAGCUAAUAAACAAAACACUUUUGUCCAACACAGAUAAAACAACUAGUUCAGAGCAUUUUAAAAACAAUGUAAGCAUAAAUAGAAAUGGACGUAUUCACUGAAUCCCAUUUUUCCUAACUUUUCCUAAAGGUAUGAAAACCUGUGUGUUUAAACUUUCAAAACAAGCUUUUUGUUUUGCUAUGUAAACAUUAAGAAAAUAAAACACAUUAAAUGGA